AUGUCGUUUGCAGUCUUCGUCAGUCAGAUUCUGUUGGCUUGCACUUUGGUGCUUUCUCUCCAGCAGGGCACCCAGGUUCAUGCGGGCUGGCUCUCCAGCGCCCCUACGGUUCCAGAACUGGGUAUCGAACCGAACGUGACUCUCACGGGAUACAUCGCUGAGGUGCAGGCUACGCUCCAGAGUCUGGAGUCAAAGCCUGCAUGCAGUCGCCUCGCCCACAAGACCCUACUCAACGCAUGCGGAGCAUACGACAGAAACAGCAACCAGGCCUUUAGGAGCACCGAUGAGGCUGUCAAGACCUUUCGAGACGUCUUCGCCAUCCAGAUGACGGCAUGCGAGAUGGACGAAGCACAGCAAGAGAUGCCUGCAACUUGCCAACCACUCCUCCAACCACUUGCUCAAGACCCGCGUCCCUACAUCUCGGAUUGUCUGAGCUCUCUCCAUGACUCAAUCAACCCCUGGACUUCGUAUGUGCACAACAAGGACUCCGGGGAUGUCAUGUGCUUUGCAAUGCGGGCCGAGAUGGACAAGGAUGAACAACUGGACAACUUCCGCAAGAUGAUUGCCGCGCUGCAGAAUAUCGGAUAUGUCAUUCAAGAUCAUGGCAUGACUAUCGACCAGAUCCUGCAACUCUCCAAGGGACUACAGACUCAAGUUCGUGAAAGUUUCAUCUUACUACAGCACGAGACCGAGCAGUACCACGCCAGCAUCAAGCAGUCGUUCAGUGAAGUGGCAAAGGACAUGUCACUCAUGGGCCAAGGCGUCCACUCACUGCUCAACUCAGUGGGUCAGGUCGACCAAGGACUUCAGCAGCACCUGGUCCAAGUUAAAAAGAUCUUCGAACGCAUGGUAUCCCUUGGGACCAACGUCGAAACUUACAGCACUGGCGUGGCCAUCGCUCGUGAAGAGUUUGGCGAGCUUCAAGCCAGGGUGCAGUUGCAGUAUCAGCAGAUGCUCGAAGAUGUCUUUAAGAGGGUCUACGAGCUUACUGCAGACGUUACACGCGCAAACGAGGGUGUUGCCUCUCUGGCCGGCCUCGUCGCUUCCAUCAACACUGGCAUGGACAGCACGUUCUUUGCACUGCAAGGAAUCAGCAUCGCUGCCGAUGGAGUUCAGUACAAGAUGGGGGACAUACAUACGCAGCUCGAUGAAAUGGCACUCCAAGCUAAUGACACCCAGGAGACGAUGCUGCUCUUCAACGAGCAGGUGGAAAAGAUCCACUCUUGGGCCACGAUUGGGAGUGGUUUGCUUGAGGGGUUCAUAUCGACCACGAAAUGUGUCUCAGAUUUUGGCUUGUACUAUGCGACGGCUACUGGUCUAGUGAUGCUUUGCUUGUCGUGUCUCGGCAUCAAGCUGCGCUACGCCAUGAUCGUCUCAGCUCUACUGGGAUUCACCGUUGCACAUAUAUUUCUUUUGCCCCUGGUCUCGUUGAUCAAGACAAACCCUACCGCCGACACGGUGUUCGAGGAAGGAGUGGAUGUGCGAUGGCAAUUCCUUCUCUACGGCGCCUGCUUUUGCAUGCUCGUUGGCGCUGUCAUCAAGACGGUCUUCGACCAGCUCAUAGAGCGCCACCGGCCGAAAGACCGCGACAUCGAGUACGACCCAGCGAGCCCAUCUUAUCUCCCGUCCACCGAAAAGUACAGAAUUUGA